AUGAGCGCGGAUCCUGCAUUUGGGCUGGACGGUUGGGUGAGUGAUGAGCAGAAGGACGUGCCAGCGGCUCGGUACAACCGAACCAGCUAUUUCUACCCCACGUACUCCGAGAGCUCGGAGCACAGCCACCUGCUGGUGUCUCCUGUAUUGGUGGCCAGUGCAGUCAUAGGUGUGGUCAUCAUCCUCUCCUGCAUCACUAUCAUCGUGGGCAGUAUCCGCAGGGACCGGCAGGCCCGGCUCCAGCGCCACCGCCACCGCCGCCGCCGUCACCAUCACCACCACCACCGCCACCGCCGCCGUUACCACCGAGAGUACGAGCAAGGAUACGUGUCUGAUGGGCACACGUACAGUCGCUCGAGCCACCGGAUACGCUACAGCUGUAGCCCUGUCGAAGACUGGUCCCCUCCCUUGGACCUGAGUUCUGAUGGGGACGUGGAUGCCACAGUGCUUCGAGAUAUGUACCCAGAUUCUCCACCAGGUUAUGAGGAGUGUGUGGGGCCAGGAGCCACUCAGCUGUAUAUCCCCACGGACGCACCACCGCCCUACUCGCUGACCGACUCCUACCCCGUGCUGGAUGGCAUCAUGUAUGGGGGCAUCAUCUACAGCCCCGGCCGAUACCAGCAGGCGCAGAGGAUCCUGGGCCAGGCUGGCCUCCACACCAUCUCCAUGGAUACCCUGCCCCCUUAUGAGGCCGUGUGUGGGCUUGGCCCCCCAUCAGGUCUGCUGCCGCUGCCGGGCCCAGAACCGGGGCCCAGGAGCUCCCCGGGCUCACCCACCCCGACCCGGGCCCCGGCCUCUGGUCCAGAAAGGAUUCUGUGA